UUGUAUUGCUCAAUAUUGACCAAUCGUGGGCUCCACAGAGCUUAAAUAACACACUCCAGGAUCAUUAUGCUCAGUCUCUGCACAGAACAUUUCACAAUGAAGUACAUCCUGGUUGCUGUGUUUGCUGCUUGUGUUCUUGUGGAUGUGUGCAGUGCAGCAUGCUUUAGGAAGAACCCUGAAGAGUUAAAAGAGGGUGAAACAAGGAAGGGUUGUCUUAGUGAAGGAGAGUUACAUGAACUUGGUACAACUUGGGUGACAAAGAAUUGCAUGGACUGUACAUGCUCUACUGAUGGAUCAAUGCGAUGUUGCACUAGCUAUUCGUGUUUGAAUGCCAAAAAGGAAAAAGAGGGAAACUAAAGAGUCUUAUGCUUCUGACAAUUUAUCCAGCAUGUUUAUGAUCUAAAGGGUUUGAAUGCAUCGUGAUCGGGAUUAUCCUUUCUUCUUCAAGGACUAUUUAGUGGUAGUUCUUUAAUCUUCCAAAACUGGGUUAUUACAUUUUCCUACAGCAUUAUACUGACCUCUGCCUGUUUUUUUCCCUUUAAAUUAAAAAGUUUAGAAGCAGACACUUUUCUUCCAUCCCCUUGUUAUUUGGUUUACAGGACUGUUACCUGUCAAGCUGUAGUAUAGAUCAAUGUGGGCUGGCUAGAUCUCCUAAUUUCAUGGCUACCAUAUGUCCAGGUCCCACUAUCAGACAAUUAUAUUUUUUGCCAGCUAUCACUUCAUGAAGCUGCCAAUAACAUGUAACAGAUGACAAUGCCAGAAGAUUAUAGAUUACUACAGUAUUACUUACAUGUUUCAAACAUCAGUUCCGUAUUAAAGUUAUGAAUCAAACCAACUGAGAACAGCGUCACCCCAUCACUAUAGCGAGAUUUCAGAAUCAUCAAGUUUGAAUGUACAAUAAAUUUCACUGAAUAAAA